ACGCUUUGUUAGUUAAACAGAGAGAAUCAGAGACUCCGAGCGUCAAAAAAAAUCACAGAAAUAAUCAGAUUUUUAUUAAAAUGCCGGCGACUUUCAGCUCAAAGAACAUCAGACCUCCGAUUCAAGACCAAAUCUCAGAGUUACAGAGAAAAAUCCAGCUGCUGGAGGGAGACAGAAGCGCGCAGUAUGAGAGCUCUCAGUGUUUAAUAAAGAAGAACAGAGAGAAGAUCCUGCAGCUCAGACAGGAGAAUAAACUCCUGCACCGGAAACUGGCCGAGGCGCUCGCUGGAGAUGAGCAGGUCAUCAGGGAUGCCUUUCAAUCCCGCAGCUCAGAGAUGGCUGCCUACAGGAACAUGUCCGGGAAGGCGGUGGUGCAGGUUCUGGAUCAGAAAGUGUGUGAUAAAGUGAAGAAGCUGAACGCACUGAAGCACAUGACGAAAACGCAGCGCCGCCGUCUGGAGGAACUGAACACUGAGUACAGCACUGUGAGAGCAACCAGACCCGGCCUGCAGACUGAUGGGGUCGCCACGAAUGAAGGGGACUUCGCUGAUGUGCAGCCCCAAAAGAACCUGCGUGUGUUGGAGAACCGGUUAGAAAAAGCACAGCUGAAAUGUCAGGAGGCUGAACACAUCAUGAAGAGCUACCAAAAGCUCAAGGAGCACCUGCAGGAGGAGAGUCUGACGUUCCAGUCUCAGUUAGAUGAGUUGGAGUGUGAAAUUAUUCGACAGAAACAGGAGCUCAGAGAUCUGCAGCUAAUGAACAACAACGCACAUCAGGCCAAAGACACAGCCAAGACAGAGCUACAGCAUAAGGAGUUGAUGGUGCACGGUGAGAGGAGAGAGAGAGAGCUCGUCCUGAACCGCUACAAAAAACAUGCAGAGGAACAAAAAGCACAAACUGACAGGGGGGAACGCCGAGCCCAGAGGGUGGCGCUGCACACAGAUGAGUUGAGCAGUGAACUCCAGCGUAGUGGAACAGCAGAAGGCGAGAACGACAAAACCAUCUCCAGCUUCGAGGAGGCCUUCACACGCAUCACAGAGGCUACAGGAGUCACUGACACACAGGAGGUGGUGGACAGGUUCCUAUCUCAGCGUGACACUCACACACACCUGGAGCAGAUGAAGGUGCAGAACGAGCUUGAGCUUCAGCGGCUGAAGGAGGAGAGAGACACAGUACAGACUCAGUACCAGGACAUGAAGUACUCAGGAGAGACCAAACUGACCCAUGGGAGGAGAGUGCUAGAGGAGAGUGUGUCUCAGUUACAGAGGGAAGAGCAGAGACGAGACGCAGCUAAAGAGACUCUGGACAGAAUCACACACACGCUGAACACUGUGAGCAACGCUGUGGAGCAUCUGUGUGACAAACUGCAGCACAUCACACUGCAGGACGCCCCUGUGCAGCGAGAGUGUGUAUCUCCUGUGUCUGUGGUAGAUCUGCUGCGGGAGGCGGAGCUGAAACUGAUGCAGCUGCAGGACGGACUACAGGGACGUGAUAUACACACACUCAUGAAGGAGAUGGAGGAGCAGGAGUUCCAUGCCAGCAUUGAGGGGAAGCUUCCUGACUACAACACCCGCAUCACACUGCCGGAUAAUCAGAGAGCUGGCCCCUUUGAAGAAGAGGACAGCGGGGAUGAUGACGGUGAUGUCAUCACUCGGACGUCCCUCAAACGCCAGUCGCAGCUCAUCAUUGACUUGAAGACGAAGAGGAAGAUUCGCCUGAGGAAGAAGAAGAGCAAGCUGUGACCUUUCACCCCAUUUCACCUCAUUUCCUCUUUAAUGAUUAGAAACA